AACUUCCAUUUUCACAGCAUACCCCAAACCAACAACCCAAAAAAACUAUGAAGAGAAGCUUUGCUAGUGAAAUGGAGAACAAUUUAGCUUUAGCAAAUUGUUUGAUGCUCCUUUCACAAGGAAGAAACCAAUAUGAUCAUACCAUCUUUAACGAUAGCAACAACAAUAACCCUACUAGGGUUUUCGAGUGCAAAACAUGUAACCGACAGUUCGCUUCGUUCCAAGCUCUAGGUGGUCAUCGAGCGAGCCACAAGAAACCAAAGUUGCUUGAUGGCAGUUCAACGGAGAACCAACCACCGGCGAAGCCUAAGACGCACGAGUGUUCGAUCUGCGGGCUCGAGUUCUCGAUCGGACAAGCCUUGGGAGGACAUAUGAGGAGGCAUAGGGGUGGUUUGAGUGAAAACCACCAUCAAUAUGGACCUUUGAGUUCGUCUUCCUCGUCUCAAGAGAUGGUGACGACACCAAUUGUGAAGAAAUCGAAUAGCAGAAGGGUUUUGUGCUUGGAUUUGAACUUGACUCCAUUGGAAAAUGACUGGGAAUUGUUUAAGCUUGGCAAAGCAGCUCUACCAAUAGAUUGUUUCUUCUAACUCUUCCUUUCAGAAUUUCAAGAUAUGAUAUUCAACAGAAGGCAAUCGAGCUACACAGAUAUAAAUGGCAAGCCUUUGUCUCUAAAUGAUCAACUUGCCCUUGCUCUUAGAAGGCUUAGCUCUGGUAGCUAAUAGGGAAUGCAAGUUUUCCCCCUAUUCCCAUGGCUUUUUACUCCUUAUCAAGGGGAAGUCCUAUCAGAUGUUCAAAUCGAGUUCAAUAAACGACAUGCUGGAACCAGAAUGGUAGCCGAGAUGGCUCUUGCAAGGCUCAAGAAGACGUGGAGAACAAUGCAUGGGGUAGUGUGGAUGCCCGAUAGGAACAGAUUGCCGAAAUUGUUCUUUGCUGCUCGUUGCACAAUAUUAAGAAUUUUUGUCACUAAUAAAAUGCAUAUAUUAUUAACCAAUUAGAUGUCUGCCAUAGUAUUUGUUCUUGUAAGUUACUGGAAAUAAAAACUCGGUAUAAUCCUUGUUGAGUCAGGCUCAAUCUAUGGAGUAAGUUGAGUUUUUGAAAGUUUGAGUUUCUCAAUGCUCAGUUCGAGCAGCUAUUGAGCUUAAUCGUUUAUUUUCAUUUUUAAUACAUGUUUUAUUAUUUUUA